GCGGCUUGUGACGAGGUGGAGUUUGGCUGCUGUUUGGGGGGCGGGAGUGGAAGAUUCGGGACUUGAUCUUCACCCGGUAACUCUGGCCUCAUCCUCCUGGUUUAUAUGUUGGGCCACGAACCGCUACAAGCUGGAGAGCAAACACGGGCAGCUUGAUGUUCAGUAUAAAGCGGCGACGCCGCAGAAGAAGAUGAAGAAGCGGAAGGAGCUGAACGCGCUUAUCGGUCUCUCCGGCGACGGCAAGAAAAAGAAGUCGAAGAAAAGCUCCGGGCACCAGCUACUACUGCGGACCGAGGCCACGGCCACGGCCUCUGACUCUGAAUCCACCUCCGAGUUCGACGAGUUCGCGCAACCAGCCUCCAGCUCCCUGUUUGCAAAGGGAGGCUACAUAAGAUGCUGCAAGAUUUGUUACCCACUGUGUGCAUUUGUUAUGCUAGCUGCUUGUGUAGUGGCUUGUGUUGGUUUGGUUUGGAUGCAGGUUGCCCUCAAAGAAGAUCUGGAUGCGCUGAAAGAAAAGUUCAGAACAUUGGAAUCUAGUCAAAAGACCUCGUUUAGUGACAUUCCAAAGCUAAAUGAAGACCUCCUUGCAGUCCAGAAGGACCUUACCAAAAUAGACACUGGAGACAGAGGGAUUAGCAAAAUAUGGACCAACAUCACUGAGUUGAAUAAGCAAAUUAGCCAACUGAAUUCAGCUGUUGCCCAUUUAAAAGCCAAUGUCAAAUCAGCAUCCGACUUGAUCAACCUUCCAGUCACUCUGGAAGAACUCCAGAAGAGUGUCGCCACAAUCGGGAGCACACUUACCAGUGUUCAACAUGACGUUGAUACUGUACGGACUACCUUAGAGAAUCAAAAGAAAAUAGUGGAGACACUUCAACAAAACAAGGACAUCUUGGACCUGCAUGAUGAAGUGGAUAAGGUGAAUGCCACCCAAACAUUUUAUCAUACACACAAUGACGAAAAGCUGCAUCACAUAGAUUUAGCAGUUAAUAAUCUCAGCCAGAGAGUUAUCUUAUUGGAGAACAAUUUACUAACUGCCAGUAAUGCGACUAAAAUUGAGAGCGUAAAUGACUCUGUGGUGGCUCUGGUGAAUAACUCUCAGGAAGUAGUCAGUUCAGAUCAACCAGUUGCGUUCAAAGCACAGAAAUCUUCAGGACUAAACCAGAAUGACAGCAGUCAAAUGUCAAACCUUAGGGAGAGGUUGAAGGUUAUGGUGAAUGCCCUGACUAGCAAGCCAGAUAAUUUAGGCAAUGCAAAUGCAAUCAUCAAUCAAGGUAAUACAAGUUUAACUUCUACAGUGAAACCGUCAGUAUCUUCGACACUUCCAGUAAAAGCAGUAGCUAAAAAAAACAAUAAAAGGAAUGUCAAAUUAAAACACCUUUCAUUUCCGGGGAUUACCAAUAUAAAAGGUCUACAAGAUCUGUUCCUUAAUUCUAAUGAUGGCCAACUCUCUUAUCAAGAUCUUUACAAUUUAUUUGGGAUCCAAACCCCUAAGCCUGAAGAACUUCAGCAAUUUGAUUUGAAUGAAGAUGGAAGAUUCUCUCAAACAGAACUCAUUAAUGCAUUUGGUCCAUAAGGUUGGGAUGGGGGUUACACAAUAUAGUAUCUAUUUGGACUGGUAAAGUUUUUUUAAACUGAAGUACUGACUUAUAAUUGCUACAAUUGCACCUUUUAACCAGUAUUUCGCUAUUGUGCAAAAUUUGAUUAUAUCCUUAUAGAAUAGAUAUUCUAACUUAGCUUUGGGUUUUCCUCAAACAUUUUUUAUGAAUCAGUCUGUAAUAUCUUGCCUGAGUAAGGAAUGAAUCAUUCAGGAUUUUGUUUUUACUUUAAAUUUCAUACUCAAAGUGAACUGGCUUGUUAAACUUUAUUAAUAAUCAAACUUGUUGCAGGUUCAUAAACUUAACUUGUACAGUACAGGUUUCCAUUCAUUUUGGUGGAGACAAAAGUGAAUUAAUUUUUGUGCUUUGAGCCUUCCAUUGGUGCUGAAGGGAGGGUGAAAAACAUUGCCUCUUUGAACUCAGAAGUUCUACUCAUAAGUAUGAGGUGGUUAUGUUUAAUGCCACCCCUUCACCCCCAACACAUCCAUCUGGAAGUUUCAGAAAUUUCCAUUAUUUUCAAUGGAGAAUUCAUAACCAUUUUAGUCACCCUUGACAGAAUUUUAAUAUGCAUAUCCCACUGAUUUGAGGCAAAUUACUAGAGAGAUUUGUGACUACUCUAAGUUUUAUCUUGGGAUUGACCUUUGCUAAACUGUUGCAGGACAUUACCGGCUCUGAAGAUUUGCGAAGUUCAACAAUUUGUGUACUGUAUGUAAAGUGCAGUAACUACAACCACUUUUGUGCAGGUAAAUAAGACAGAUUUCAUAUUGCUUCUGUGCUAUGUUCAUGCUUGUGGCUCCCAAUGUAUAGAUUACAGAUAGCUGGCAGCAACCUCAAAGGAAACUUGGAUUUACUAAUACUGGCUACUAGGAAGACCCUUUUUUAAAAAAAAAAUGCAUUUUUACUUUGAGGUUUUUGCCAUCAGUUUGAGAGUCGUGCACUGGCAUGGCUCACAACCAAUAUAAUUGCAUCUUAAAAAUAACUUUGUUCCUUUUUUUUUGAACGAGCGGUUCGUGUUCUUUAGAUUUUUUUAAUCUAAACCAUUCCUUCAUUUAUUUAAGAACUGGGCUAUCUUUCAGACCUGUCACUCAGUCACUUUAGUUCAGUCCGAAAAGGGGUUUGUUUUGCAGAUUGACCUUGUGAACAGCUGCAGCAGACAAUGUCAUAGGCUAUUGAGUGAAAAACUAACCUGUAGGUUCAGUUGUUUACAGCACUGGAGUUUCAUUAUUAAGAUCAGUACUUAAACAUGCAACCUUAUAACAUUGAAGUUUUCUUUGAGUUCAAUCAUUAGACAUGUUAUUUUCUGAUAGUGGCAUAAAAUAAUAAUAUAAAUAUAAAACCAGAUUAGCAAGGUAUAAAUGAGCAUUAAAAUCAGCAUCCAUGUCUCUAGCACGUGCUUGGCAAUAAUUAAAAAAAAUUUUGGGCUUGGAAUAAGUCUAUCUGGUAUUGACUUUAGAUACCAUUAACUGUGUAACAUUCUGAAUGAUAUGCUCAAAUUCAGUGCAUUCCACAAGUGCAAAAUUUUAUUAGGUGAGGAAGAAAGUUUAACAGUCAAUACAAAAUGUUGGAUUUUAUGAUCAUAUUCUCAUAUUGGUUCUUUGCUGACACUAGCUCUGCAUUGAUCAUAGUAUUUUGUGAAUAAGUAUUUUUGUUCUGCGUAAUUUUAAAAAAAUUUACUUCAACUCCAUAGAUCUGUUCCAAUAAUAGCGCCUCUAAUUAUACUAGCAAUAAAAGAUCGGCCUUUCUGGUAUUUUUGUAUUUCAUUGUGAUAAGUUUCAUUCAGUUUUGCAGAGAUAUUUGCAGGAAGGUUGAUCUAAUUUUGUGAUGCAGGUGUGGGAGGAAAAAUAAUUCAGGUUGUUUGCACUGUUGGUUGUUGGAUUUUUUAAAAUAUAUAUAUAUACAUAUAUAUAUAUAUAAUGCAAUGCUGUUGAUGAUACCUAAAGGUGAACACUGGGCAAGUAUCCUAAAAUAAAGGAACUGCUUUGCUGCAGGGACAUUUUGGUACUGUCAUAUAAAUGGUAGAUCAUAAAUGUCUUAAGUAAUUCUUAUAAAUAAAGUCAUUUUAAAUUUCACUCUGUGUUGUAUACAAUGCACUAAAAUGUAUUUUGAGAAGUUAUUCCUGUAAUAAAAUGGUUAGUUACAUUGUAUUAAAGUAACAACCAUUGUUUUGAUGACUUGUGUUUUGCAUGUUUCAUAUCAUGUAAUGAUCAAAAUAUUUAUUUAUCAAAUAAUAAAAAGAUCAUAUUCCAA